CGUUUCGCCCAGAGUGACGAACUGUUUUCUUCAGGAGUGUUUAUUUAUUGACGAGAGUUUUUUGUGAUUUUUGCUGAAAAGUUAGAGUUUUUCGUGGUUUUUGUAGUUGAAUAUCAAUCUUUUUUCAGCAGCACGAAAAUGUCCCAUCCAAACCGCUAUAUGCAGCGACAGUACAUGGCCAGACACCGCCAGCGAAAGCGCGAAGCCCGCCUUCAAGAACUGGAAGUGCUCCAGCGGGAACGCGAAGCGCUCCAACCGGAACUUGAACCUGAACCUUUCUUACAACAGUUCGAAGAGCCACCACCAAAUCCGCAACCGAAAAAGGUUCCCAAGAAUAGUACGGAACGUGUUAGAGCGUUUCGGGCGCGUAAGAAACUGCUGCAAGGGGGAGUUGAACUGGCAGUCAAGAAGGGAAAAGUUCGCAUGACCAGUACGGAACGUGUGCACAAAUUCCGGAUGCUUAAAAAAUUAAAACUGAGCCAAUCGGAACCGGAGGUGCAGGUGCAGUUCGUACCUAAUGAACGGGAAGCCGGGGCUGGUGAUCCUCUCGAGGCCAUUAAGGAGGAACCGAUGCUGGGCGAAUGUUCAGCGAAUGUUGUUUCGGAGUGUCUGAACUCUGACCCGCUCCUGGUUCCCCUAAAGUAUGAUCCCUGCGUCGAGUCUGAUGCUUGUCGAGCCGACCCCAUGGAUCCCGGUGCGAGCACUUCUGCCAUUCAAACCAUCAAGCAGGAACCCGACCCGGAACUCAGCACACCCGCCCUGGACGGCUUCUUCGGGCCAGCUGCCCUGUGGGAAUCGCUGCAGAACGUGCCCGAUCCGGUGACGGAACCGGACCAGGAGGGGGCGCCGCGAGGCCGCAAAAAUCCGACCGUUACGCUGGACUCGAUCAAGAAGGAACUCACCUACGAGUGUGAGCUGUGCGGGAAGCGCUUCCGCAAGAGUGCGGACUUUUUCCAGCACAAGCUGACGCACGGGGAGGAGCUGAAGUGCGCCGAUUGUGACGAGCGGUUUUUCAGGACGUGGGAUUUGGAGAAGCACCGGGUUGAGAAGCACAGCGAUUCGGAAAUAUACAAAUGUGACACCUGCUCGAAAACGUUUAUCGAACAUUGGCGUUUGCUGCGACAUCAGCGCACGCACUCUACCGAGAAGAAGUUCAAGUGUGAUAUGUGCGAUAAAUCUUUCACGGAAAGUGGAAAUUUGGCAAAGCACAAGAAGCAAGUUCAUACCAAGGAUCGUCCAUUUUCCUGUGAAAUUUGCUCCAAAAGCUAUCCUCAGAAAAAGGAUCUACAAGGCCACAUGCUGGUGCACACGAUGAAGCGAUUCGCCUGUACCGUUUGCCAGGAAGAGUUCUCACUGCUGGAUGAAAAACGGGCACAUAUGCGUGAGCUGCAUCCCAACGAAACGGUGGAAAAAACCUUCACCUGCACGGUUUGCGAGGCCACGUUCAACUCCAAGCUGAAGCACUCGAGCCACGUGCUGACGCACGGCGAGCGCCGGUUCGAGUGUCAGUUUUGCAUGAAAAAAUUUCACACCAACGCGCGCGUCCGGAAGCACAUGAAGUCGCACCGGGUGGAGCUCUAUUCUAAGUGCCACAUUUGCGACAAAUGCUUCUCCCAGGACUGCAACCUCAAGCGGCACAUCGAACAGAUGCACAUGCAGGGCGAUCGGUACUCCUGUCUGCACUGCACCGCCCUGUUCGAUUCGGCCGACGAGCUGCGCGGGCACCGCGAAUCGGAACACCAAAACGAGCACCCCUACAAGUGUCCCUGCUGUCCGAAGGCGUUCGCCUUCCACCAGAGCCUGGUCAACCACGCCAAGUGCCACAACAAUCCGAAGCGCCACCUGCAGGAGUUUAUCAAACCGUCGCCGAGGAAGCGAAAGCAGCAGCAGCCCAAGGAAGCGAGCGACGGAACGGAGGUUGCGGUCAAGAAACGUGGUCGGCCGAAAAAGAAGAUUGUGGUGAUGCCAGAGCCAGAAUUUGUUGAUUUGAUGGAAACGGUGAUGCUCAGGGAAACGGUACCAAUUAAGGUCGAGUGCGACGCUGGUGAGCACGCUGAACCUGCUCAGCUUGACAGCUCAGAACUUGUUAGUGAGAUUAAAGUUGAGAGUACCAUUUUUGAGGAAACGGAAACUACUGACAAGACUUGUUUAAUUUGAAUAACUUAUUGUUUUUACUUAUGAAUAACAUGACUUAAAUUUCAAGGCCUCAAAAAUGUGUAGUA